AGCUACUUCUUCGCAAAGCUAUAAGCUGGCUUCGGUGAGAUCAAGACCAUUCUUUCCAGAAUAGACCUUCUUCUAGUAUCUUCAUUACUUUUUAGAUCCUGAAUAGGUCUAUAGCUUGGUUUAGCUAGAUCAACAGCUGUUUGUAACGGGCUGUAUUUCAUCGAAAGCUUGUCAUUUUCCGUUCUAAAAAACAGACAUGGCAUCGGGAGACGAGGUAGCGUUUCGCUCCAUGGUUCGCGGCUCAGGUCUGGGGGAGGUAUGGACUCACACCACCGACCUGGAGAAGUUCCAGCAGUAUGGAUGGAGGACCACCACUAAGGAAGAUUGUUAUACUCCGGAUACACUGAUAGGAAACUGGAAUGAAGAGAGGUUUGAUAUCAAGAGGAUACGAGUACCAAAGAGUUUGCCAUCACAGUAUGACCACUAUUUUGACACAACCCAGAAAUCAUCUUAUGUCAGCGGUCCCAAGCCAGUCCCUAAACAUAUCCUUCAUUUAGCAGCCCGUGAAUCUAGAUCCUUCCCUGCCUCCCAGCCAGAAUUAGACCCUCCAGCAGUGAAAGAACGUUAUAACUCAUUCGAGACCACAUCUAGAGCUUCAUACGUUGACCCAAAAUUACGGAAAAAUCCUGUUCAUCAGACGGAAACUAGCCAACGAUAAAAGCCUUAACGUAUAAACCGUACUGAACUUAUUCGCUGAGAGGAGCCAUCAUGUAUUCAAUGUUGAACCAAGCCAAUGAGAGAAGGUUGUAUAAACACAGCAACGAGCCUAGCUUACAGCCAAUAGGAGAAGCCGUUACAUACACAUUUCAGACAAUUGAAGAACAUGUUACGCACAAAUGUUGAUAAGAGAAUUGAUUAUAGUUAUGAUUAACAUUCAGAAUACUUAUUUUCUCUUUUUGUAUCUCCUUUACUUGGUAAUCCCUGCCUUCUGUUCAAUUAUUAUUAUGUAAAGUUUCUCAUAACUGUUAGAAAGAGGUAUUGGCCAAAAUGGUUAUGUACAUGUACAUGCAUGUAUACUGUACAUACCGGUAUCCAAAUUGAUACAUUAUACAUGUACAUGUAAGUGCUCUUAUUUAUGUUAUUAACAUUAGCAAUCAUGCAUGAUAUUACGAACAAUGAUAUGCAGAAGUAAGAUGUUCAUUAUCUUCAGGUGUAGUUCAUUCACAAAGUUUGUAUGUCGUGCUGUUACUAUCAUCGAGUCACCAACAAUUACAACCAAAACCAUGUAUGACAUUGGAUAUAUAUAUUGUUGUAAAGUAUUGUACUUUUCAAAUCAAGUUGGAAAAAGUAUGAAGGAAUUUCUCAAAAUAUAUAUUUUCUACCUGAUUAAUAUAUACACUUUGUACAGGGUGCCCUAGAUUUUUAAUAUUUAUUUCAACAAAUCAUGUUUUUUCACAUUUUUUAGAGUAAGGUAAAGUUGCUCUUCUAAUAUGCAUACAAAUUGAAUUGGAGAAUAGAUUUGGUAGGUGAUCGCUGUUGUACGAGUCAUGGAAAGUGAAUAGUAGUCCUAUUGUCUCUAAUUUCAACAAUCAUGUAAUUUUAGAAUGAUUCUAAACUAACAACAAAAUCACUGCAAUAAAUCAGAACAUUGAUGUGGUAUGAAAAUGAACUUGAUUUUCUGAAAGUCUUUGUGAUUAUGUUUUCUUUCGUGUAUAUUACAUGUAUCUUUAGAUUACAAAUGUAUGUUUUCAAAUGCAAUAGGAUAAUGAUAAUGUUAUAAUUCAUUCAAAUCACUAUAUCACAUUGUCUGUUAAGAGUCAGAAGGGCAUUAACUCUGCAUAAAAGUAUAUGAGAUAAUGUCAAUCUGGCUCCAAACUAUAUGAUAUAGUGGCUUGAAUAUUCAGCUAAAAAAAUUGCUGCAGAAUACUACAACCACCGCCACGUUGAUCAAAGUUUUAAAUUUUGAUAUUGUUAGAUAAACAUGCAUGCACACCAUAUGUAUCAAUAUAAUCAUUUCUAUGCAUGCUGGAAUUAAAUUUUGUGGAAUUGCUGUAAAGUUUUUGAAAAAUAAACAUGAAUGUUAUAUUGAAUACAAAA